AUGGGUCUCGCAGCGCCAAAGAAUCGGUCCAAGAUCUCCAACGACCCACAAAACACCACCUGGGCCAACAAUACCGAGCGCUUCGGUCACCGCAUCCUCACCUCGCAAGGCUGGACCCCCGGCUCCUCUCUUGGUGCAACGGAUGCCGCACACAAGGCCCACUACACCGCCGCCUCCCACUCGCACAUCCGUGUCCUCCUCAAAGAUGACAACCUCGGGCUCGGCGCAAAGCGUGGCAGCGAGCGCGCCGAAAAUUUUGGUCUCGCUGGCUUCGCUAGCAUAUUAGGGCGUCUGAACGGGAAAGAGGAGGAAGUGAAGAAGGAACAGGAGAGACAGGAGAAGAUUGCGCAGAGGGCGUAUGUGUACCAGAAGUUUGGCAUGAUGAACUUUGUGAGCGGAGGGUUUCUGGUGGGCGAUAAGAUUGAGAAGGGUGUGAAGAGGGAGAUCGAGGUUAAGGUGGAGGUCAAGUCUGAGCCGGAGUCGUCGGACAGUGAGGCCGUGGAAAAGAAGUCGAAGAAGAGGAAGAGGAGCAGUGAGGAUGAGGUCAAGCUGGAGGAACAGAGCGGAGACGAGCCGGAACUCAAGCGGAAGAAGAAGAGCAUGAACCUCCGCGAGGAGGCUGCCAAGGAGGAUGCCGCUUUGAAAUCCUCCUCGAAGUCCAAGAAGGAGAAGAAAGACAAGAAAGACAAGAAAGACAAAAAGUCGAAGAGCGCCUCUGAUACUCUUGCUACGGAUUCAGAACCCCUCUCCGACAAGGCUCGACGAAAAGCCGAAAAGCGCGCCCGCAAAGAAGAAAAGAAGCUUAAGAAGGCCCUCAAGAAAGCCGCAAAGGAAGCCGCGAAGUCGAGUCCUACGACCGAAGACCCCAGCUCCGGGAGCGAGGAAGAAGUGGAGAGCACAUCGGCUAGCUCUGUACCCACGUCUGGCACAGCGACGCCCUCUGGCUUGACGUAUAAUCCGAGAGGUAUGCACGCUGUGCGGCAGAGGUAUAUACGGCAAAAGAAGAUGGCGAGCAUGGAUCCACAGGCGCUGAAGGAGGUAUAG